UUAUAUAGUCCAUUCCUGGUUGAUCUAGUUCACCUAAAAAGUAUUCUUUAAAUUCCACUAAUAAACCGGCUACAUGGAAAGAACGAUUCUAACGACUAUAAUAAUAACAGGGCCACCAGGUGUAGGUAAAACCACGCUGGUCCGUAAGAUCUGCUCGAAUCUGCGGGAUAAAGGGCACAUCCUCCGAGGUUUCUAUACGGAAGAAGUGCGAAGUGAAGGAAUUGGCCAAAGAAUUGGAUUUGAUGUGGUUACUUUGGAUGGAAAACAUGGAAUUCUGUCACGAGAGAAUCCAAUAGAUAAACUGCGACGCCCCAAAGUGGGCAAGUAUUCAGUAUUUAUCCAGGACUUUGAGGACCUCACGUUGCCUUUGCUGGCUAAUAAGGAUUCUCGGCCAGAACCAGAGCUCCUGGUCAUCGACGAAGUGGGCAAAAUGGAGCUGCUUAGCAAGCGUUUCGAGUCGGCCGUGGGUGAUCUUCUUAGGAAAAAACGACCCUUAGUCGUCACAAUACCCGAAAAGUCGAGCUUAUCUUUGGUAGAGCAGAUCAGAAAAACAUCCGGAUCGAUUCUCUACCAGGUGACCAAGUCAAAUCGGAAUACUUUGUCCACGGAAAUAACAGAUCUGAUCACAAUGUCCUUGCUUGUAACAAAAUAAACUUGUUGGUCUCUUUA